CGUGAGGAUCUCCUGCUCGAAGACUGCUCGAGUUUUUCGGUCGAUUACAUAGUUUAUUACCGUGCUACAGCUUCAAAACCCAACAAGACUACCAGUACUGGCCUAUGUGUUGGUGGUUAAUCAGGGUUCUGCCAGGAGGCAUGACACUGUGAACAGGGAUGAGCAAUGAUCAGAAGCCUGAACACAAAUCAUUUGCACAAAACAAGUGUUUAAAUGAAAAACGCCGAAGAGAACAGGAGAACAUUUAUAUCGAGGAGCUUGCAGAGUUGAUCUCGGCAAGUAUCACGGACAUGAAUACGCUCUCAGUAAAACCGGACAAGUGUGCAAUAUUACAGGAGACCGUCAACCAAAUUCGGCGUAUUAAGGAAGAAGAGAGCGGAACGAGUGAGGCAGUACAACAGAGCCAGGUGUCCAGCAGCAAACCUUCCAUCAUAGCUAACGACGUACUUGGACCCCUUCUCCUUGAGGCACUUGACGGGUUUCUGUUUGUGGUCAACAGUCAUGGUAAAGUGGAAUUUGUCUCGGAGAAUGUUACAAGUUACCUCAAGUAUUCAUUGAAUGACCUUGUUGAGAAGAGUAUUUACAAUAUCAUCCAUGUUGGAGAUCAUGCCCAAUUCAGCAACAGUUUGCUGCCUAUGUCAUUAGCUCAUACGGGAACAACUUCAAAUAGUUUUGCUGAUGAUAAUGGGGGUCCAUUUAGCGCAGAAACACUGGGCAACAAAGGCAGGACUUUCAAUUGUAGAAUGCUUAUAAAACCACCAUGUGAAGAAGAUGGAGAUGUUGAAGUUAAACAGACCUAUGUAUCUAAGUAUGAGAAUAUGCAGAUAUCUGCUGUGCUACAACCAUAUCCAGAUAAACAAGGUAAUAGCACAGAGGGACAAUCCUGCUUAGUGUGCGUUGCCCGUCGAUUACCGUUGGCGGAAAAGACAAUGCUGGGCAUUGAACAGUUCACUACAAAACAGGAUCUUAACGGGAAAAUUGUAGAUUGCGAUACCAGAGGAAUAGCCCCCAGUCAUUACGACUAUCCUGAUUUCAAGGGACAUAACCUCCAAGAUUUUUGCCAUGUCAACGAUAUCCAGUUACUGGCAAAACACAUUCAAGAAGUGAAGAAGAGCUCUCAAGGCACAAGUGGGGUGUAUCGCUUUAAGCUUCUGGAGAACAGAUAUGUGUUUGUGAGGACACAAAGUCAGCAGUUCAACGACUUCAUUGUCUCUACACAUUCAAUUAUCAGGGAGUGUGACUCUGACGCAGAACUCAAAGGGUCCGCCUCGACCAGUUUGAUGAAAUCAAUUAUUGGUCCUUCAGGCAACAGUUCGAGCAAAACGAGCGGACACUUUCAGGGUGUGACCAGUACUUUACAAGGAAUGGGGAUGUUGGGUGGCCGUAACGUCAACAUGUAUCUCUCGCAAUCCUCGUUAGGAGCGGCCGUGCCACCCGCGCCCCAGAGCACUUCCUCAGUUCCCACACUGGGGGACACUGCCAGCAUCACUGACAUGCUCAAUCUGAAUGACAUGUUUGAUCUGCUGCCCCAGUCGCUGAAUCAGCUCUUCAGCAGUUCAGACACAUUGAACGUCAGCGCUAACUCAGUGAACUAUACGAUGGCGGGGGCGACCAGCUCUGUGACCACGCCCUCGUCCUCGAGCCACACUACGUGGUCGAGCGCGUCCAGUCUGAAAAUGGCGGGAGGAACAAUGGAGCAGCCUCAGUUGCAGAGGAGUUUGUCCAUGGCACACAACAAUAUGUCUGGUCCACGGCCUCUGUCCUUAAACUUCCAGAGGAGCGCUUCGCUCUUCGACAAUGGACAGAAGAGUCCGGGUUUCGCUGGAACGCCCGGACAGAGAACGUGCAGCCCGAAUUUCGCAAUGCCAAGCCCGCGGGGACCUGGGUACGGAAGUUACAUGAACCAACGCAGUCCUGGCAGCGCGAAUCAAGGAGAUGUGAAUCGGUCGUCGUCGCAGUUUUCUCCCAUGUCGUACCCACAAGCGAAGAGUACUAGCCCUCUCAUGUCUCCCCAGCCAAGUGGAAAUUGGAGUCGGCCACCAAGCUCUGGGGGUAUAGAAUUCCCGGGACAGUCACAGAACCCGUUACAGGCACUUCAGUCCAUGGACACAAAUCCUCCCCCUGGGGGAUAUAAGCCCAAUCAGUCUCCCAUAGGGGGCUCACGGGAAAAACAGUUUGUGUACCCUACAAGUCGAAGUGAGACUCACACUCGGCGUGCAAGCGUCGAGAAGAAAGUGAGUCAAAGUGUGAAACUAACACAGUUACUGACUCAGAGUAGUCCGCUGGCUCCAGGGAAGUCGUUCUGUAAAGCACUGGAGGAAGUGGACCAACCUAUUCUGUAUAAGGACGAACCGUAUGUGUCAAAAAUGGGACUGAUUCGAAAUUCGUUACUGACGGAUUCACAGUCUGAUAACGGUCAUCAGUCUCCACAACCUGGGCCAGGAUCGAGUCCACAAGAAAAGCCACAGAGUACCUCUGGAAACGACGAACACGACGGGAAAACAACAUCAGAAAAUUCUGUGCGUCGACGAGAAGAAAACAAGAUUUUAAAACAGCUUCUCAGCCAAGACGAUGACCUGGACGAUGAUUUGGUAAAGGGAAGCAACACAGAGCAGAACAUGGAUGUCGACAAAAAUGAAGCAGAGCCAAAAAAGUCCAAUAACGUUCUUUUGAAACAACUGUUGAAUGAAGAAGCUCAAAAUGAAGGAGAGAAAUCUGAAGCCGCUCAGAAACUACAGCAGUUGUUAAGAGAGGAAGUUCAGAGAGAUUCUGAUGAUGAUCCUUACAACAUUGACAGGAGCAUGUCAGCACCUGUGGAAAGCAGCAGCAUAGAAACGGAGAGUUAUUCCACCGUUACGACAUCAGAAGAUACCUCUCGUCAGCGACACCAGUCUGGACCUCAGCAGCCUACGUCAACGACACAGCCCACAGCAGGCCCGCUCACGCAACCAAAGAAUGGGAGCGUUGUUCUCAGUCCCAGUGGUGCCGUCGCUGGUGGCUCAAACUUGUUUAAGAAUUUGUUUUCGCAGGAGAUAUUGGGUCAAGCGGACAACCAGACACUCAUGCAGGGUAACGCUUUCCGCACACUGUUAACAAAUCUCUGGGAGAAAAGGGAACACAGAUUCUCAGGAGGCAGAGCUAAGACCUGUACGGAAUAGCGCAAGUUACCCACGGACGUUGACAGCACCAACGAUAUGGACACGGAGCCGACAACUCCGUCUGGCCCAUUGCCCAAUUUGUCCAAGCGCAACGUCAUGCUGGCCAAACUCCUGGCACGAAAACCUCCCCAGGAAACGGUGAUCAACACAAACAUCACGGUCAAUCCGUGCGGGAUUCCUCAGACUAAAAUUGCGCCUGUCCGCAAUGUUCACAAAAUGGUCCACAUUUUGGACAAAGUGGACAAUCAAGAGGAUGCAAUGGACACUGGGAAAAGUGCACAAUCCAAGAGACAAUCCGCGCACGAUUCCGAAUGUGCCCUUCCCGGGAAACACAACGCCCGCCACUGCGGGACAACGUCAUCAACAGUCUUCAAGCGUUCCCAGUAUGUUUGGAGGCGCGCCAUCCGAUCCGAAUUGUCAGGCGCAGGCGUUUCCACCAUGAGCAUGGAUGUAGAUACCUGCGUCCCAGAUGGGCCUGAUCCGUCUGAUCCGUUGUUGGCUCAGAUCCUGCAGCAAGCUCAAGAACUUCAGAACGAUCUCAAUUCUGGUUCACUGAACAAUGUGUGUAUGCAGCGCUGGUCCCAUGGAGAACAACUCUUUGGGUUCGAUGAUGGACGAUACUACGCUCUUGUCUCAAUUAGAUAUGGUUCUGAAAGACUCGAAUCUUUCCAUGAUGGAAAUCAGACAAUCUACAACAGCCUAACAGGCUGCCCAACUCAAGUCAAGCUUUUGCACAUUCGCUCAUGCAGCAACAGCAGCAACAACAGCAACAACACCCGCCAAACACUCAGUUGCCUCCCAUGGAUUUACCUUUCCCACAUGGCCAGCAGAUGGCGCCCCAGCAGCCAGGGAUUAGCCAGUCUGCCCCAGGAUAUGGCCAGCCAAGGACCUCGUCUACCUCAACCCCAAGCACUGGGCAGUGCCUUACCUAAUAACCAGCCUCGACCUGGCUUUGCGAACUUGACGCCCAGCUCCACAGCCUUCCAGGUGCGGCAAUCCAUCCUCAUGCAGCAGAAGCAGAAGCAGAUGCGUGAGAUGCAGAAACGAGAACGAAUACACCAGCAGCGACAACAACAACAGCUGCUACUACGACAACAACACGCUCAGCAGUACAAUCAACAGUUCCCGCAGCGUUUUCAGAACACUAUUGGAAUGGACACAGGAAAUGGUCAGUCUUUCCCGGAAAACCUGGGAGAACUGAUGAAGAGUGGCAAUGCUCCAAAUGUCACCCUUCCAAGAAACCAAAGUUUGCCCAAUCCAAUAUCUCCGCGGUUUGUCAGUGGGAACAUGGCACAGAAUCAGCAGCAGCAGCAACAACAACAACAACAGCAGCAGCAGACAUUGCAGAACAUGAUCAACUCCAACACGCCGCCCCCUCAGUUGUCUCCCCAUUACAACCAGGCAAAGGCGGGGCCGGGUCAAUGGGCAGGGAACAGAGUGAACCAGACUGGGCUGCAACCUGGCAUGCUGCCAAGUCCCACCAUGAGCCAGAAUUCCCAGUUUGGAAUGCGUUCCCGGCAACUGUCUGGUAGCUCAAUGCCCAGCCCCGGAGGCCAGCCAGCAGGUGGGCGUUUCCCAUACCCCAGCGAGGCACAGUUCAACAACGGCCAAGGAGGACAAAUGGGGAUGUACAAUCAGCCACAAGGGGGCAUGUCUCAACAACAGGCGAUGUUUAACCAGAAUCGCAUGAUGCAGCGGCAGUUAAACGUCUCUGGCACAGGUCGAGGCUCCCCACGGACCCCCCACAGCCCUUAUGGUGGGGGCGGGGACCCCAUGCUAAUGUCUCCCCACAGUCAGACUGCCAUGUCCCCUAACCCUUCCCUGAGGACACAGCAACAGGUUCCCCCAGGGAGCCAGCUCAGUCCUCAGUUCAACCAGAACAGCCUGUCCCAGUCCUACAGUAGCCAGACGCCACUCACCUCCAACUACAGCCAAUCUCCCAGCCCCAGUAUGGCAGGCAGCUUCUCCCCGAUGACCAGCAGUGCCUACGCUGCCUCCCCACAGGCAGCCAGCAGUGUGCCCCUCACCAGCCAGCCGGGCUUCCAAGACUUUGACAUCAGUAUGUUCACAAACAACUUGGCUGCCUUGGACAACAAAGGUCCAGGUUCCAUGGGAGCUGACCUUGGCAAUCUUGGUAACAACCCUCCUAGCUCCACCUCCCAGUACGUGAAGCAGGAACUGCGGAAUAUAUGUAACGCCCGCUCUGAGAAGCAGCUGCAGACCCAGCAACCGCACCCCUCCCCACUGGAGCCUCAGCAUUCAGACCAGCUCCAGCAGACACUGGACUAUGACUCGAGUGAUGCUGCCUAUAACUCUAUACUAGAAGAGAUUGAUCAAAUGGCUCAGCAGCACAACUUGAAUCCACUAGAGGACAAUGUAGUUCAGCAGUCACGGCAAGAAGCGCGGCGCCGAAUAGAACAGUUCCGCCAGCUCUCGCAUCCAGCAAUGAGACAGGCCACCCCUUACACAGCUCCACAGCAGUUUCCUGAGGAUAACGCAUUUAAACAAAAUCCUGAGAUAAAGGCAACUAAUCUGUUCCGAAAUCAGCUGUUGUCUAACCCUUCAUCAGGGCAACAAGCAAAUAAAGGAAACACAGAGCCUCCUCAUCAUGUCAAUGUAGUACAGAAGGAAACCACGGUUCAGAAGGAACGAAGGGCACCAUGUGAAGACAUGAAACCUGCAGACCAGAAAAACAGCUUGUUACAACAGUUACUAUCUGAGUAAUGCUAGCUGUUAAAUAGGUCUAUCAGAAGGACGGGUUGUCCCUCGUGGUGCAUUCUUCAGCGUUGUAUAUCAUUGCCAAAACAAUGUGAGAGUUCACAUGAACAUCUGGAUU